AUGAUGGACAAAUCGAAAAUGAAAUCAAUACUCCCCAAACCUUCUCCAUCAAUGCAAACAUCAUCACCUCUUCCAUCUAAAAGGAUGUCUGCCUCGAAUGAUAUCUAUUCGAAAAGGCUGAGGCUGAUUGCGACGUCAUCUCCUGAAAUACAUGGUCCAAUUUCUAAUAUGAAUGACUCUUCUGGCUUAGAUGAAAACAACACAAAUGCGGGUGGACAUGCUACUAAGCAAUCAAGGCCAGUCACAAGCUGUACUUUUUGCCGACAGCAUAAGAUCAAAUGUAAUGCUUCCGACAAUUAUCCCAAUCCUUGUACUCGGUGCAGCAAGAUGGGUUUAAAGUGCGAAAUCGAUCCCCAGUUCAAGCCUAAAAAGGGUUCGCAGAUUCAGACUUUGAUUGGAGACGUGGAAGAUUUAAAGGCAAAGAUAGAGAUGCUCAGUCGGAAUGAACAUUUGCUUACUCAAGCUUUAAACCAACACAAUAUGAACUUCAUGCAGCAUGCGCCAUCAACUUCCUCGGUGUCCCCUUUUCACCAGAGUCCUAAUACUCGCGCUUCCAUCCCCGUGGCAAAUAGACCUCCAUACUCGACACAUAGCACUCCAAAUAGUGUCAUUGGUCAGUUCAGCGGCUCGACUCCUCCCCCUUCCGCUGUUCAGCCUAUGGCUCCCUCUGCAGCACCAGGACAGCAUAUUAGUCCCAUGUACAACAUUGCUCUUGGAAAUACGGUCAAUCUUAACGAUGCCACAGGAUCAAGCCAAGGGGUGACGAGCCUAUCUCAAAUCAUGAAAACCCAAUCUUCUGACAACUCGCCAUCAGGUUAUUGCAAUGACUCGAAGGUAGCAACUCCAGAAGAGAACACAGUCCAACCACAUUCUGAGUUCAUAUUAGGUGAUGUCCGAAUAUCGUUGGAAAAGGCAAAUGAACUCCAUGAACGUUUUAUGUCCAACUAUCUCCCUUUUUUGCCUAUAUUGGACUCGCGAGAUGCCAAUACGCUUUUCUCCAAAUCGCAACUCCUAUUCUGGACGGUCAUGUUGACUGCAUCACUUUCGGAGCCUGAACCAACGUUGUAUAUGUCACUAUCGUCGUUAAUUAAACAGUUAGCGAUCGAGACAUGCUGGAUCAGGACGCCUCGAUCCACCCAUGUUAUUCAGGCCUUAAUUAUCUUGUCCAUAUGGCCUCUUCCAAACGAGAAAGUGUUGGACGACUGCUCAUAUCGCUUUGUCGGUUUAGCAAAAAACCUUUCUCUUCAACUUGGCUUACAUCGAGGUGGUGAGUUUAUUCAGGAAUUUACUCGCACUCAGGUCAGUUUAGGCCCUGAUUCAGAACUAUGGAGAACAAGGUCCUGGCUCGCAGUAUUCUUCUGUGACCAGUUCUGGUCAUCUGCCUUGGGUUUACCUCCAUCCAUUAAUACGACGGACUACUUAUUGGAGAAUGCAAGAAUCGACGCGUCACUCCCUGCGAAUUUCAGGUGUCUUAUCUCGCUUGCCAUUUUCCAGUGUAAAUUGGUGAAUGUGAUGGGAAUUUCUGUAACAAGGUCUGAUGGAUUAUUGGAGCCUCUGAAUAGAGCCGCUUCACUUAAUAUCUUGGACAGAGAAUUGGAAAGGUUAAAGUUCAAGCUAAACAUAAUGGAAGAUUCCUCGAUUGAAAUUUACUACCUUUACCUUCGCCUUAUGAUAUGCUGCUUCGCUUUCCUUCCUGGAACUCCUAUUGAGGAUCAAGUCAAAUACGUUAGUACUGCUUACUUUUCAUCGACCAGGAUUAUUACUAUUUCUUCUCAACUUUUAAGUCGGCAUUCAAUCUCAUUGAUGGAACUUCCAAUCUAUGUGAGACAGGCUAUCACCUACUCUGCCUUGUUAUUGUUCAGACUACACUUGUCCAGAUAUCUCAUUGACAAGUACGUUGAUAGUGCUCGUCAAUCUAUUGUUACAGUCCAUAGACUAUUCAGGAAUACGCUAUCAUCCUGGAAGGACAUGCAGAAUGAUAUUUCGAGAACAGCCAAAGUUUUGGAGAAUCUCAAUAUUGUUCUCUACACUUACCCUGAGAUAUUCAACCCUGCUGAUAUUAGGACAAACGGAGAAGGAAGUAUCAUUAGCAGAAUGAGGUCUCAUUUGACCGCCUCCUUAUUUUAUGAUCUUGUUUGGUGUAUCCAUGAGGCAAAGAGAAGGCGACUGGCUGAAAAAGAUGCUGGGGAAGCAAUCGAGAAUAAAGAUGUUCGUGUCAAAGUUGAAGAGGAUGAUCAGACAAUGCCCUUAGGAAAGAGAUUCCAACCACUCCCAUUCUAUAAUCAGAUUACAAAGGAUGAUUUCAAAACAAUAACCACCACUACUCCCAACGGUACUACCAUUACUACAUUAGUACCUACAGAUCAAGCAUUGAAUCAGGCUAAACUUGCUAGCGCGAAUGGAACAAAAAAGCCUUUGGAAAUAAAUGGUAUUCCAUUAUCCAUGCUUGAAGCUACAGGAAGCACUAAAGACGUUCAGUCUUCUGAUCCUCAACCAAAAGUGGUUCAGAAUAGUACUGUUGAGACUCGCGAGGAUGAUCCAAACACACUCUUAAGUCCAGAUCACAUUCCCAAGAUUGACCCAUCAACUGAGUUCUCACCCCAUAUGCCGCUUUCGUACGAUCAAACAAAUAUGGGAGGAGAUGGUCGCCUUGCGUCGAUGGGAAACUUCCCAUUUAAUCCCUCAUUGUCCGAAGGUCCAGCCAUGGCAGACCAAUUGGACAAUUUUUUCCAGCAACAAUCCCACGGCUGGCUAAAUAACUCGCAUCAAGAUGAUGAUUUUCUUGGAUGGAUUGACGUCAAUAUGCUACCUGAAAAAUAG